AUUUCUAGAAUCUACCGUUUCAAGACUACACUACUCAAAUUGUUUCUCAGUGAUCAUGUCAUCGAAAAUGUCUGCACCCGCCGCCGUUGAACAGCCGACGGAGCCGCCGAAGUCAGUCAAGGAGAAAAAGCCCAAGGCUCCCAAGAAGCAGCCCAAACAGGCCAAAACCGCUUCUCACCCUCCAUAUUUUCAGAUGAUUAAGGAGGCGUUGGUGGCUUUGAACGAGAAAGGCGGUUCGAGCCCUUACGCGAUAGCUAAGUACAUGGAGGAGAAGCACAAGGCGGUGCUGCCCGAGAAUUUCAGGAAGAUUCUUGCGUUGCAGCUCAAGAACCAAACCGCCAAAGGGAACCUCCUUAAGAUCAAGGCCUCCUACAAGCUCUCCGGUGCCGCCAAGAAGGACAAGAAGGAAAUCUCGAUGAAGCAGCAGAAACCGCAGCAGCGCCCCAAGCGGAGUGCCUCCGUGGCGGCGAAGGGUGGUGUUAAGAAGACGAAGAAGGUGUCGACGCCGGCAAAGCCGAAGCAGCCAAAGUCGCUAAAGUCUCCGGCAAAGAGGGCCAGGAAGGGCACUGCAGCUGCCUGAUGGAUGAUGGUGUUUUAGUUGAAUAGGGAAAUUGCAUCAUGUAACUAACUAUGUGAAUAUGAAUAGGGCCAUAGAGGCGUAGUUUUAUGUUUUAGUAUCGUCCUUUCACACUUACUGUAAUAAUCUUCCAUUUCCAUGUAAUAUAUGACCCUAUCAAAUGGAGGUUAGUUUGUCUGUUUUAGUGUUAAA